AUGGCAGGCAUUUUGGAGGCCGAUGGAGUGGUCUAUAUAACAGCAGUGGAUAAACCUUGGGUUGGAGAAUUCUCUGACUUGAAUCAGCAGGUGUGGAUCCUUCAGGGUCAGACUCUCGUGACGGUUCCAAGGAACAGCGGUGUGACUCCAGUCGCUGUCACUGUUAUCCCAUGCAAGAAUCCAGGCUCUCUUGAGAAAGACAAAGGGAUUCCCAUUUAUUUGGGAAUCCAGAAUCCAGAAAUGUGUCUGCAUUGUGAGGACGUUGGAGGACAGCCCAAAUUGCAGCUGAAGGAUCAGAAUAUACUGGAGCUGUACAACCAAGCUGAGCCCAUGGAGCCCUUCCUUUUCUACCAUGGCCAGACAGGCAGUACCUCCACCUUUGAGUCCGUGGCCUUUCCCGGCUGGCUCAUUGCCUCCUCCAAGAGAGGCCAGCCCAUCUUUCUCACUUCGGACCUUGGGAAAAUGUACAGUACUGACUUCCGUAUAGAUUUAAAGAUUUAA